UGGGAGGUGGGGUAUCCGUGGUUGUGUGAGCUUGAGGAGCCGCCGCCACCGCCUCCUCCUAGCUGUUCUCCUCCUCCUGCGCUCCGGCGUCGCGGGCCGCGUACGGCCCUGUAAGAGACGUCGCCUCCCCUUCCUCCGCCUCCCUCUCACCGCGCCGCUCCCGCCUCCCAGUCCUGCGCUGCGGGCUCAGGCGGAACCCGGAACGGCCGUCCGCCUCCCCCGCCCUCCGCCGCCUCCUCCUCCUGCUCGGCUUCCUCCUCAGCCCCGGGCCGGAGCGGAGUGUCGGCGGCGGCCGGUUCGGGCGGCGACUCGCGCUUCUUCGGGCGGCGGCGCUUGGCCAUGUCGUGUCGGGGAAGGUAAUGAGCCGCAGAGCCCCGGGGUCUCGGCUGAACAGCGGCGGCGGCGGCACCAAGUACCCGCGGAGCUGGAAUGACUGGCAACCCAGAACUGAUAGUGCAUCAGCCGACCCAGAUAAUUUAAAAUAUUCUUCAUCCAGAGAUAGGGGUGGGUCUUCCUCUUAUGGACUGCAACCUUCAAAUGCAGCUGUGGUGUCUCGGCAAAGGCACGAUGAUACCAGAAUCCACGCUGACAUACACAAUGACGAAAAGGGUGGCUACAGUGUCAAUGGAGGAUCUGGGGAAAAUACUUAUGGUCGGAAGUCGUUGGGGCAAGAGCUGAGGGUUAACAAUGUGACCAGCCCUGAGUUCACCAGUAUUCAGCAUGGCAGUCGUGCGUUAGCCAUCAAAGACAUGAGGAAAUCACAGGAGCGAUCGAUGUCUUAUUCUGAUGAGUCUCGACUGUCGAAUCUUCUUCGGAGGAUCACCCGGGAAGACGACAGAGACCGAAGACUGGCUACUGUAAAGCAGUUGAAAGAAUUUAUUCAGCAACCAGAAAAUAAGCUGGUACUAGUUAAACAAUUGGAUAAUAUCUUGGUUGCUGUACAUGAUGUGCUUAAUGAAAGUAGCAAAUUGCUUCAGGAGUUGAGACAGGAGGGAGCUUGCUGUCUUGGCCUUCUUUGUGCUUCUCUGAGCUAUGAGGCUGAGAAGAUCUUCAAAUGGAUUUUUAGCAAAUUUAGCUCAUCUGCAAAAGAUGAAGUUAAACUCCUCUACUUAUGUGCCACCUACAAAGCACUAGAGACUGUAGGAGAAAAGAAAGCCUUUUCAUCCGUAAUGCAGCUUGUAAUGACCAGCCUGCAGUCCAUUCUUGAAAAUGUGGAUACACCAGAAUUACUUUGCAAAUGUGUUAAGUGCAUUCUUUUGGUAGCUCGAUGUUACCCUCAUAUUUUCAGCACUAAUUUUAGGGAUACAGUUGACAUAUUAGUCGGAUGGCAUAUAGAUCAUACUCAGAAACCUUCGCUUACACAGCAGGUGUCUGGGUGGUUGCAGAGUUUGGAGCCAUUCUGGGUAGCUGAUCUUGCAUUUUCUACCACUCUUCUUGGUCAGUUUCUAGAGGACAUGGAGGCAUAUGCUGAGGACCUCAGCCAUGUGGCCUCUGGGGAGUCAGUGGAUGAAGAUGUUCCACCUCCAUCCGUGUCCUUACCAAAGUUGGCAGCGCUUCUCCGGGUAUUCAGUACUGUGGUGAGGAGCAUUGGGGAACGUUUCAGCCCAAUUCGGGGUCCUCCAAUUACUGAGGCAUACGUAACAGAUGUUCUGUACAGAGUAAUGAGAUGUGUGACGGCUGCAAACCAGGUGUUUUUUUCUGAGGCUGUGUUGACAGCUGCUAAUGAGUGUGUUGGUGUUUUGCUCGGCAGCUUGGACCCUAGCAUGACUGUACAUUGUGACAUGGUUAUUGCAUAUGGACUAGAUCAACUGGAGAAUUGCCAGACUUGUGGUACAGAUUAUAUCAUCUCAGUCUUGAAUUUACUCACAUUGAUUGUUGAACAGAUAAAUACAAAACUGCCAUCAUCAUUUGUAGAAAAACUAUUUAUACCAUCAUCUAAACUACUAUUUUUGCGUUACCAUAAAGAAAAAGAGGUUGUUGCUGUAGCCCAUGCUGUUUAUCAAGCAGUGCUCGGCCUGAAGAAUAUUCCUGUUCUGGAGACUGCCUAUAAAUUAAUUUUGGGAGAAAUGACUUGUGCCCUAAACAACCUGUUACAUAGUCUACAACUUCCUGAUGCCUGUUCCGAAAUAAAACAUGAGGCUUUUAAGAAUCAUGUAUUCAAUGUAGACAAUGCAAAAUUUGUAGUUAUAUUUGACCUUAGUGCUCUGACUACAAUUGGAAAUGCUAAAAACUCACUGAUUGGGAUGUGGGCGCUGUCUCCAACUGUCUUUGCACUCCUUAGUAAGAAUCUGAUGAUUGUGCAUGGCGACCUGGCUGUUCACUUCCCUGCCAUUCAGUACGCAGUGCUCUACACAUUGUAUUCUCAUUGUACCAGGCAUGACCACUUUAUAUCUAGUAGUCUUAGUUCCUCGUCCCCAUCCUUGUUUGAUGGAGCGGUGAUUAGUACUGUAACUACAGCUACAAAAAAACAUUUCUCAAUUAUAUUAAAUCUCCUGGGAAUAUUGCUUAAGAAAGAUAAUCUUAACCAGGACACAAGGAAACUAUUAAUGACCUGGGCUUUGGAAGUGGCUGUUUUAAUGAGGAAGUCUGAAACAUAUGCGCCUUUAUUCUCUCUUCCAUCUUUCCAUAAAUUUUGCAAAGGCCUUUUAGCCAACACUCUUGUCGAAGAUGUGAAUAUCUGUCUACAAGCAUGCAGCAGUCUACAUGCUUUGUCCUCUUCCUUACCAGACGAUCUUUUACAGAGGUGUGUUGAUGUUUGCCGUGUUCAGCUAGUCCAUAGUGGAACUCGUAUUCGACAAGCAUUUGGAAAGCUAUUGAAGUCAAUUCCUUUAGAUGUUGUCUUGAGCAAUAACAACCACACAGAAAUUCAAGAAAUUUCUUUAGCAUUAAGAAGUCACAUGAGUAAGGCGCCAAGUAACACAUUCCACCCACAAGAUUUCUCCGAUGUUAUUAGUUUUAUUUUGUAUGGGAACUCUCAUAGAACAGGGAAGGACAAUUGGUUAGAAAGAUUGUUCUAUAGCUGCCAGAGACUGGAUAAACGUGACCAAUCAACAAUUCCCCGCAAUCUACUAAAGACAGAUGCUGUCCUUUGGCAGUGGGCUAUUUGGGAAGCAGCACAGUUCACUGUCCUUUCUAAGUUGAGAACCCCACUGGGCAGAGCUCAGGAUACCUUCCAGACAAUUGAAGGUAUCAUUAGAAGUCUUGCAGCUCACACAUUAAACCCCGAUCAAGAUGUUAGUCAGUGGACAACUGCAGACAAUGAUGAAGGCCACAGUAGCAACCAGCUUAGACUUGUGCUUCUUCUGCAGUAUCUGGAAAACCUGGAGAAGUUAAUGUAUAAUGCAUAUGAGGGAUGCGCCAAUGCAUUAACAUCACCUCCCAAGGUCAUUAGGACUUUUUUCUAUACCAAUCGCCAAACUUGUCAAGACUGGCUGACUCGAAUCCGACUCUCCAUCAUGAGGGUUGGAUUGUUGGCAGGACAGCCUGCUGUGACAGUGAGACAUGGCUUCGACUUGCUUACAGAAAUGAAGACAAAUUCAUCUCAGGGGAAUGAAUUGGAAGUAACUAUCAUGAUGGUGGUAGAAGCACUGUGUGAACUUCAUUGUCCUGAAGCUAUACAGGGAAUUGCUGCCUGGUCAUCUUCGGUCGUUGGAAAAAAUCUUCUCUGGAUUAAUUCAGUGGCCCAACAGGCUGAAGGGAGGUUUGAAAAGGCCUCUGUGGAGUACCAGGAGCACCUGUGUGCCAUGACAGGUGUUGAUUGCUGCAUCUCCAGCUUCGACAAAUCUGUUCUCACAUUGGCUAAUGCUGGGCGUAACAGUGCCAGCCCCAAACAUUCUUUGAAUGGUGAAUCCAGAAAAACUGUGCUGUCCAAACCAACUGACUCUUCUCCUGAGGUUAUAAAUUAUUUGGGAAAUAAAGCAUGUGAGUGCUACAUUUCAAUUGCUGAUUGGGCUGCUGUACAGGAAUGGCAGAAUGCUAUCCAUGACUUGAAAAAGAGUACCAGCAGUACUUCUCUCAACCUAAAAGCUGAUUUCAACUACAUAAAAUCACUAAGCAGUUUUGAAUCUGGAGAGUUUGUUGAAUGUACUGAGCAAUUAGAAUUGUUACCAGGAGAAAAUAUCAAUCUACUUGCUGGAGGAUCAAAAGAAAAAAUAGAUAUGAAAAAACUGCUUCCUAACAUGUUAAGUCCAGAUCCAAGGGAACUUCAGAAGUCCAUUGAAGUUCAGUUGUUGAGAAGUUCUGUUUGUUUGGCAACUGCUUUAAACCACAUGGAACAAGAUCAGAAGUGGCAGUCUAUAACUGAAAACGUGGUGAAGUACUUGAAGCAAACCUGCCGCAUAGCUAUUGGGCCACUGAGACUUUCUACUUUAACGGUUUCACAGUCUCUGCCAGUUCUAAGUACCUUACAGCUGUAUUGCUCUUCUGCCUUGGAGAACACAGUUUCUAGCAGACUUUCAACAGAGGACUGUCUUAUCCCACUCUUCAGUGAAGCUUUGCGUUCAUGUAAACAGCAUGAUGUCAGGCCGUGGAUGCAGGCAUUAAGAUAUACCAUGUAUCAGAGUCAUUUGUUGGAGAAAAUAAAAGAACAAACAAUUCCAAUUAGAAGCCAUCUCAUGGAAUUAGGCCUAACAGCAGCAAAAUUUGCUAGAAAACGGGGGAAUGUGUCACUUGCAACAAGACUGCUGGCACAGUGUAGUGAGGUUCAGCUGGGAAAGACCACCACUGCACAGGAUUUGGUCCAGCAUUUUAAAAAACUAUCAACUCAAGGUCAAAUGGAUGAAAAAUGGGGGCCUGAACUUGACAUUGAAAAAACCAAAUUGCUGUAUACAGCAGGCCAGUCAACACAUGCAAUGGAGAUGUUGAGUUCCUGCGCCAUAUCUUUCUGCAAGUCUGCCAAGGCUGAACAUGCUGUUGCCAAGUCAAUUCUGACAUUGGCUAAAUGGAUCCAGGCAGAAUGGAAGGAAAUUUCAGGGCAGCUGAAACAGGUUUACAGAGCUCAGCAGCAGCAGAACUUGACAGGUCUUUCUACUUUAUCUAAAAACAUACUCACUCUAAUUGAACUACCGUCUGUUAAUACAAUGGAAGAAGAGUAUCCUCGGAUCGAGAGCGAAUCUACAGUACAUAUUGGAGUUGGAGAACCUGACUUCAUUUUGGGACAGUUGUAUCACCUGUCUUCAGUACAGGCGCCUGAAGUAGCCAAAUCUUGGGCAGCGUUGGCUAGUUGGGCUUACAGGUGGGGCAGAAAGGUGGUUGACAAUGCUAGUCAGGGAGAAGGUGUUCGUCUGCUGCCUAGAGAAAAAUCUGAAGUUCAGAAUCUGCUCCCAGACACUAUAACCGAAGAAGAAAAAGAGAGAAUAUAUGGUAUUCUUGGUCAGGCUGUUUGUCGGCCAGCGGGGAUUCAGGAUGAAGAUAUAACACUUCAGAUAACAGAAAGUGAAGAUAACGAGGAAGAUGACAUGGUUGAUGUUAUCUGGCGUCAGUUAAUAUCAAGCUGCCCAUGGCUUUCCGAACUUGAUGAAAGUGCAACAGAAGGAGUUAUUAAAGUGUGGAGGAAAGUUGUAGAUAGAAUCUUCAGCCUGUACAAACUAUCUUGCAGUGCAUAUUUUACUUUCCUUAAACUCAAUGCUGGUCAGAUUCCUUUAGAUGAAGAUGACCCUCGGCUACAUUUAAGUCACAGAGCAGAGCAGAGCACGGACGACGUGAUUGUGAUGGCCACGUUGCGAUUGCUCAGAUUGCUUGUGAAGCAUGCUGGAGAGCUUAGGCAGUAUCUGGAACAUGGCUUGGAAACAACACCGACUGCGCCAUGGAGAGGAAUUAUUCCACAACUUUUCUCACGCUUAAACCACCCUGAAGUGUAUGUGCGCCAAAGUAUUUGUAACCUUCUCUGCCGUGUGGCUCAAGAUUCCCCACAUCUCAUAUUGUAUCCUGCAAUAGUGGGCACCAUAUCGCUUAGUAGUGAAUCACAGGCUUCAGGAAAUAAAUUUUCCUCUGCAAUUCCAACUUUACUUGGCAAUAUUCAAGGAGAAGAAUUGCUGGUUUCUGAAUGUGAGGGAGGAAGUCCUCCUGCUUCUCAAGAUAGCAAUAAGGAUGAGCCUAAAAGUGGAUUGAAUGAAGACCAAGCCAUGAUGCAGGAUUGCUACAGCAAAAUUGUAGAUAAACUGUCCUCUGCAAACCCAACUAUGGUGUUACAGGUUCAGAUGCUCGUGGCUGAGCUGCGCAGGGUCACUGUUCUCUGGGAUGAGCUCUGGUUGGGAGUUCUGUUACAGCAACACAUGUACGUCCUGAGACGAAUUCAGCAGCUGGAAGAUGAGGUGAAGAGAGUCCAGAACAACAAUACCUUACGCAAAGAAGAGAAAAUUGCAAUCAUGCGGGAGAAGCACACGGCUUUGAUGAAGCCCAUUGUGUUUGCUUUGGAGCAUGUGAGGAGCAUCACGGCAGCCCCUGCAGAAACUCCUCAUGAAAAGUGGUUUCAGGAUAACUACGGUGAUGCAAUAGAAAAUGCCCUAGAAAAACUGAAGACACCAUCAAACCCUGCAAAGCCUGGAAGCAGCUGGAUUCCAUUUAAAGAGAUAAUGCUGAGUUUGCAACAGAGAGCGCAGAAACGUGCAAGUUACAUCUUGCGUCUUGAAGAAAUCAGCCCGUGGCUGGCUGCCAUGACUAACACUGAAAUUGCUCUUCCUGGAGAAGUCUCAGCCAGAGACACUGUCACAAUCCACAGUGUGGGUGGAACCAUCACAAUCUUACCUACCAAAACCAAGCCAAAGAAACUUCUCUUUCUCGGAUCAGAUGGGAAGAGCUAUCCUUAUCUUUUUAAAGGAUUGGAGGAUUUACAUCUGGAUGAGAGAAUAAUGCAAUUUCUGUCUAUUGUAAAUACUAUGUUUGCUACAAUCAAUCGCCAGGAAACACCCCGUUUCCAUGCUCGACACUAUUCUGUAACACCACUAGGAACUCGAUCAGGCCUAAUCCAGUGGGUGGAUGGAGCCACACCCUUAUUUGGUCUUUACAAACGAUGGCAACAACGGGAAGCUGCCUUACAAGCACAAAAGGCCCAAGAUUCCUACCAAACUCCUCAGAAUCCUGGAAUUGUACCCCGUCCUAGUGAACUUUAUUAUAGUAAAAUUAGUCCUGCUUUGAAAGCAGUUGGACUUAGUCUGGAUGUGUCCCGACGGGAUUGGCCUCUUCAUGUGAUGAAGGCAGUAUUAGAAGAGUUAAUGGAGGCCACGCCCCCAAAUCUCCUUGCUAAAGAGCUUUGGUCAUCUUGCACCACCCCUGAUGAAUGGUGGAGAGUCACACAGUCUUAUGCCAGAUCUACUGCAGUCAUGUCUAUGGUCGGAUACAUAAUUGGCCUUGGAGAUAGACAUCUGGAUAAUGUUCUCAUAGAUAUGACGACUGGAGAGGUUGUUCACAUAGAUUACAAUGUUUGCUUUGAAAAAGGAAAAAGCCUUAGAGUUCCUGAGAAAGUACCUUUUCGAAUGACACAGAACAUUGAAACAGCACUGGGUGUAACUGGAGUAGAAGGUGUUUUUAGGCUUUCAUGUGAGCAGGUUCUACACAUUAUGCGGCGUGGCAGAGAGACUCUGCUGACGCUGCUAGAGGCCUUUGUGUAUGACCCCCUGGUGGACUGGACAGCUGGGGGUGAGGCCGGGUUUGCUGGUGCCGUCUAUGGUGGAGGGGGCCAGCAGGCCGAGAGCAAGCAGAGCAAGAGAGAGAUGGAACGAGAGAUCACUCGCAGCCUUUUUUCUUCGAGAGUAGCUGAAAUUAAGGUGAACUGGUUUAAGAAUAGGGACGAGAUGCUGGUUGUACUUCCCAAGCUGGACAGCAGUUUAGAUGAAUACCUGAGCUUGCAAGAGCAACUAACAGAUGUGGAAAAACUGCAGGGCAAACUGUUGGAAGAAAUAGAGUUUCUAGAAGGAGCUGAAGGAGUGGAUCAUCCUUCUCAUACUCUGCAACACAGGUAUUCUGAACACACUCAACUACAGACUCAGCAAAGAGCUGUUCAGGAAGCAAUCCAGGUGAAGCUGAAUGAAUUUGAACAGUGGAUAACACAUUAUCAGGCUGCAUUCAGUAAUUUAGAAGCAACACAGCUGGCAAGUUUGCUUCAGGAGAUAAGCACACAAAUGGACCUUGGUCCUCCAAGCUAUGUGCCAGCAACAGCCUUUCUGCAGAAUGCUGGCCAGGCCCACUUGAUUAGCCAGUGUGAGCAGCUGGAGGGGGAAGUCGGUACCCUCCUGCAGCAGAGGCGCUCGGUGCUGCGAGGCUGUCUGGAGCAGCUGCAUCACUACGCAACCGUAGCUCUGCAGUAUCCAAAGGCUAUAUUUCAGAAACAUCGAAUUGAGCAAUGGAAAACCUGGAUGGAAGAGCUCAUCUGUAACACUACAGUAGAGCGCUGUCAGGAACUCUACAGGAAAUACGAAGUGCAGUAUGCGCCCCAGCCACCCCCAACAGUGUGUCAGUUCAUCACUGCCACUGAGAUGACCCUGCAGCGGUACGCAACAGACAUAAACAGCCGUCUAAUUAGACAGGUGGAACGCUUGAAACAGGAAGCUGUCACCGUACCUGUUUGUGAAGAUCAGUUGAAAGAAAUUGAACGUUGUAUCAAAGUUUUCCUUCACGAGAAUGGAGAGGAAGGAUCUUUGAGUCUAGCAAGUGUUAUUAUUUCUGCCCUUUGUACCCUCACAAGGCGUAACCUAAUGAUGGAAGGUGCAGCUUCGAGUGCUGGAGAGCAGCUGGUUGAUCUGACUUCUCGGGAUGGAGCCUGGUUCUUGGAGGAGCUCUGCAGUAUGAGUGGAAAUGUCACAUGCCUUGUUCAGUUACUGAAGCAGUGUCACCUAGUGCCACAAGACUUAGACAUUCCUAACCCCAUGGAAGCAUCUGAGGCAGUUCACUUAGCUAAUGGUGUAUACACCUCACUUCAGGAAUUAAAUUCAAAUUUCCGGCAAAUCAUAUUUCCAGAAGCACUGAGAUGUUUAAUGAAAGGAGAAUACACCUUAGAAAGUAUGCUUCAUGAACUGGACAGUCUUAUUGAGCAGACAACUGAUGGUGUUCCUCUGCAGACUCUAGUUGAAUCUCUUCAAGCCUAUUUAAGAAAUGCAGCUAUGGGACUUGAGGAAGAAACACACGCUCAUUACAUCGAUGUUGCCAGAAUACUUCACGCUCAAUAUGGUGAAUUAAUCCAACCAAGAAAUGGUUCAGUUGAUGAAACACCAAAAAUGUCAGCUGGCCAGAUGCUUUUGGUAGCAUUUGAUGGCAUGUUUGCCCAAGUUGAGACUGCUUUUGGCUUAUUAGUUGAAAAGCUAAAUAAGAUGGAAAUUCCUAUAGCUUGGCGAAAGAUUGACAUUAUACGGGAAGCCAGGAGCACCCAAGUCAAUUUUUUUGAUGAUGAUAAUCACCGACAGGUGCUAGAAGAGAUUUUCUUUCUAAAACGACUACAGACAAUUAAGGAGUUCUUCAGGCUCUGUGGUACCUUUUCUAAAACUUUGUCAGGAUCAAGUUCACUUGAAGAUCCAAAUACUGUAAAUGGGCCUGUACAGAUUGUCAAUGUGAAAACCCUUUUUAGAAACUCUUGUUUCAGUGAAGACCAGAUGGCCAAACCGAUAAAAGCAUUCACAGCUGACUUUGUGCGGCAGCUCCUGAUUGGACUCCCGAACCAAGCCUUGGGCCUCACGCUGUGCAGCUUCAUCAGUGCUCUAGGGGUAGACAUUAUUGCCCAAGUGGAGGCAAAGGAUUUUGGUGCUGAAAGCAAAGUUUCAGUUGAUGAUCUGUGUAAGAAAGCAGUGGAGCACAACAUCCAGAUCGGGAAGUUCUCUCAGCUGGUCAUGAACAGGGCGACCGUGCUGGCGAGCUCCUACGACACUGCCUGGAAGAAGCACGACUUGGUGCGCAGGCUGGAGACCAGCAUCUCCUCCUGUAAGACAAGCCUACAGCGCGUUCAGCUGCAUAUCGCCAUGUUUCAAUGGCAGCAUGAAGAUCUCCUUAUCAACAGACCACAAGCCAUGUCGGUCACUCCUCCCCCUCGUUCUGCCAUCUUAACCAGCAUGAAAAAGAAACUCCAUACUCUGAGCCAGAUUGAAACUUCAAUUGCAACGGUUCAGGAGAAACUGGCAGCACUUGAAGCAAGUAUUGAACAGCGACUCAAGUGGGCAGGUGGUGCCAACCCUGCACUGACACCUGUACUACAAGAUUUUGAAGCAACAAUAGCUGAAAGAAGGAAUCUUGUCCUUAAAGAGAGCCAAAGAGCAAGUCAGGUCACUUUCCUCUGCAGCAAUAUCAUUCAUUUUGAAAGUUUACGAACUAGAACUGCAGAAGCCUUAAACCUGGAUGCCUCAUUAUUUGAACUAAUCAAACGGUGUCAGCAAAUGUGUUCAUUUGCAUCACAGUUUAACAGUUCGGUCUCUGAGUUAGAGCUUCGUUUAUUACAGAGAGUGGACACGAGUCUUGAACAUCCUAUUGGCAGCUCUGAAUGGCUUUUGUCAGCACACAAACAACUGACCCAGGAUAUGUCUACUCAGAGAGCAAUUCAGACAGAGAAAGAGCAACAGAUAGAAACGGUCUGUGAAACAAUUCAGAAUUUGGUUGAUAAUAUAAAGACUGUGCUCACUGGUCAUAACCGGCAGCUUGGAGAUGUCAAACAUCUCCUGAAAGCAAUGGCCAAGGAUGAAGAAGCUGCUCUGGCAGAUGGUGAAGAUGUUCCCUAUGAGAACAGUGUUAGGCAGUUCUUGGGUGAAUAUAAAUCAUGGCAAGACAACAUUCAGACAGUGCUGUUUACUUUAGUCCAAGCUAUGGGUCAGGUUCGAAGUCAAGAACAUGUUGAAAUGCUCCAGGAAAUAACUCCCACCUUGAAAGAACUGAAAACACAAAGUCAGAGUGUCUAUAAUAAUUUAGUGAGUUUUGCAUCACCCUUAGUCACCGAUGCAACAAAUGAAUGUUCGAGUCCAACGUCAUCUGCUACUUAUCAGCCAUCCUUUGCUGCAGCAGUCCGGAGCAACACUGGCCAGAAGACUCAGCCUGAUGUCAUGUCACAGAAUGCUAGAAAGCUGGUUCAGAAAAAUCUAGCUACAUCAGCAGAUACUCCACCAAGCACUGUUCCAGGAACUGGCAAGAGUGUUGCUUGUAGUCCUAAAAAGGCUGUCAGAGACCCUAAAACUGGAAAAGCUGUGCAGGAGAGAAACUCAUAUGCAGUGAGCGUGUGGAAGAGAGUGAAAGCCAAGUUAGAGGGCCGAGAUGUUGAUCCGAAUAGGAGGAUGUCAGUUGCUGAACAGGUUGACUAUGUCAUUAAGGAAGCAACUAAUCUAGAUAACUUGGCUCAGCUGUAUGAAGGUUGGACAGCCUGGGUAUGAAUGGCAAGACAGUAGAUGAGUCUGGUUAAGCGAGGUCAGACAUCCACCAGAAUCAACUCAGCCUCAGGCAUCCAAAGCCACACCACAGUCGGUGGUGAUGCAACUGGGGGCUUAUUCUGAGGAAACCUAGGAAAUCUCGGUGCGCUAGGAAGUGAAUCCUGCAGGACAGCUGCACUCAGGGAUACGCCCAACACCAUGGCCUGCAACCCCAGGGUCAAGGGUGAAAGAAAGAAAGCUCACCGCCUGAACACGGAGAUUGUCUUUCUGCCCCAGAACAGCUGCAAACGUGUCAGGAGGUUAGCUGCAGAAAGAAAUCGGGAUGCCGCGGAGCACAGAGUGAUUUGGAACUCCAUUCCACCUGACCCUGUGUGUACAAUCCAGGAAAAAUCAAACCCCGCUCAGAAACAGAGAAAACUGGGGCCGCGACACAGCCAAGGAAGAUUUGAUGCGUUCAGAUUCUUGCAUAACACUUGUUGCUUGGCAACAGUACUGGUUGGGUUGACCAGUAAGUACAAAAAGGCUAUGCGAUAUGAAUUUCAGAAAUGGACUGAAGAAGGAGAGCUAUGUAACAGAUAACACUACAUUGGAAGAACUUCUGAAAUGAAGGGAAAAAAACCCACCCCAUCCUCCUCCUCCCCAACCCCCACCAUCUGCCCAUCCCCCUUUACUUGAUCUAGUAGAUGAGCCAUCUUUCACAUUCACUUUUAUUUCAAUCCUUAUAUUUCAUAUUCUUCCAUCUCAAUGCUGUUAACAACUUAUAUUUGGAGUGAUAAACAAAUUUUUCCAAAACCACCAAUAACAUGGAAAAUGCAAGGAUUGUUUAAAGGUCUGGUGAUCACAUACAAAAUGUAAUUCUGAUUAUUUAAGUCAUUUCUGUGAUUCUAUCAUGU